CGUAGUCUCAUUCCAGCUUUCAUGUUCCAUCCACCUCGACCAGCCUGAUUCAUCUAGUUCUGCGUAUGCUGACCUUCGUAUAAAUUCAACGCAUCAAGCCUGUCUCCAAGUCCCCCAAACACACUUUCUUCUGCAGAAUGGUUUUUGGACGUGUCACACAUUAUGCAUUUGAUCUUGCCUUAGUCACUACUGUGUUGGCGGGUGUGAGGAGGAAUACAGGUUACUGUGUGAAGACAAAAGAACUUCCUGAAGGUGCAAUACAGACAGUCGCAACAGGAUAUCUUCAAGUUGGGGAAACCAUCUUCGAUUAUAUAUCUGCCUACUCGCAUACAUCUUCUUACUUUCAUCGAGCCCCGCCCGGGAGCAAGCCGACUUCAGACAGUGGCGGCUUCUGGGGCUGGAAAUCUUCCUAGGUUGAUUUCGAUCCAUUUCAUUCAGUCUUUUCUUCCUUUGUGGAUUCAGCUUCCUUUUUCGUUCUCUUCUUCAUCUUGUAUUCUGCAGUGAUGGGUCUUGGUGAUUUGUGUUUUCCAUCUGGAUCUUGACAAUGCAAAUGGGAAACACACUUCCUUGUUCAACUAUAUCUCCUCGCCGUUGAAUGUAUCAUUUCACAUGUAUCAUUUCUUUGCAAAUUGGAUACUGAUAGAUCUCAC